AUGAAGAUCCUUGGCCUAACAUCCCAGAACCAAGCUUCUUUACUGAAGGUUAUUAUUCUUGCUCUUAUCGCCACAACAGCAAUCGGCAGUCGAUUGUUUAGCAUUGUCCGGUUUGAAAGUGUCAUCCACGAGUUCGAUCCUUGGUUCAACUUUCGUACGACUAAGCAUUUAGUUGCGAAUGGAUUUUACGAAUUCUGGAAUUGGUUUGAUGAUAGAUCAUGGUACCCUCUUGGUCGUGUCGUGGGCGGGACGGUAUUUCCGGGGAUAAUGACGACCUCGGCCGUGAUAUACAACGUGUUACAUGCUGUUAAUUUUCCGGUGGACAUUAGGAACGUGUGCGUCUUCUUGGCUCCUGUAUUUUCUUCUAUCACUGCCUAUGCAGCAUAUUUGUUUACAUGUGAGAUAAAGGAUUCAUCAGCUGGGCUGUUGGCGGCUGCCUUUAUUGGUGUUGCUCCCGGGUAUAUCUCGCGUUCUGUUGCGGGAUCUUAUGACAAUGAGGGCAUUGCCAUAUUUCUAUUGAUGUUCACGUUUUAUUUGUGGAUAAAAGCAGUGAAGAUUGGGUCUGCAUAUUGGGGUGCUUUGACAGCAUUGUUUUAUUUCUAUAUGGUUGCUGCCUGGGGUGGAUACGUGUUUAUUAUAAAUCUGAUACCUUUGCAUGUAUUAGUUCUCGUUCUCAUGGGAAGAUUUUCAAGUCGUCUUUACGUCGCAUAUUCAUCUUUCUAUGUUCUUGGCACUUUGAUGUCUAUGCAAAUACCGUUUGUUGGGUUUCAACCAACAAGAACAAGUGAACAUAUGGCUGCACUUGGUAUCUUCGGAUUGCUCCAAAUUAUUGCCUUUGUAGAACUUGUCAGAAGUCACUUGUCAUCAAAUCAGUUCCAGAUACUAUUUAAAGGGUUUAUCGUAUUAUCGUUUGUACUUAUGUUUUCUGCAUUGGUAUUGCUGACGGCUGCCGGAUACAUAGCUCCAUGGACUGGAAGAUUCUACUCUUUGUGGGAUACAGGAUACGCUAAGAAGCAUAUUCCUAUCAUUGCCUCUGUCUCUGAGCAUCAGCCUACUGCUUGGCCGUCAUUCUUCUUUGAUUUGGAAAUGUUGGUCUUUCUAUUUCCUGCUGGCAUUUACAUUUGUUUCAAAGAGCUCAGGGAUGAACACGUAUUUGUCAUACUGUAUGGCAUUACAGCAUCGUACUUUGCUGGAGUGAUGGUCAGAUUGAUGCUUACUCUUACUCCGAUUGUAUGCGUGACUGCCGCAGUAACGGUGUCCAAGCUGCUUGACACAUACAUGGAUUUAUCGACAUUGGAUACCACCGAUCUGUCGUCCAACACUCAAACAACCAAAGACGAAAAAGCAAAGAAAGAUGGGGGACCGAGCAGCAAAAAACCGGGAGAUAAUGCUAAGAGCGAAGAUAAAAAGACAACAAAGAAGAAGGAUAAUAAUAAUCAUUGGGGAGUGUAUGGGAUAGACACGCGACUUAUAGUGUUGUCCAAUUUUUUGUUUCUCUUGUUUAUAUUUGCCUGGCAUUGUACGUGGGUAACGUCAGGUGCUUAUUCUUCUCCAUCGAUUGUAUUGGCAUCAAGAACGCAAGAUGGAAAUCAAUUUAUAAUUGAUGACUUCCGCGAAGCAUAUUAUUGGCUAAGGAAGAAUACCGACUACAACUCAAAGGUGAUGUCAUGGUGGGAUUAUGGUUACCAGAUUUCGGGAAUGGCAGAUCGAACUACUCUUGUAGAUAACAAUACUUGGAAUAACACUCACAUUGCAACUGUCGGUAAAGCAAUGGCGAGUAAUGAGGAUACAGCAUACGAGAUCAUGCGUCGCCAUGACGUUGACUACGUUCUUAUCAUAUUCGGAGGUCUUCUCGCAUACAGUGGAGACGAUAUAAACAAAUUUUUGUGGAUGGUGCGUAUCGCUGAAGGAGUGUAUCCUAACGAUGUGCAAGAAAGCAAGUUUUUCAAUGCACGCGGCGAAUACCGCGUUGACAGUGAGGCCUCUCCCACAAUGAGGAAUAGUAUCAUGUAUAAGAUGAGUUAUCACAAUUACAACGAGUUGUUUAAUGGUCAGGGCGUCGAUCGUGUCCGUGGAGCCAAGUUACCCCCAGGAAACGUGAAGCUACAUACACUCGAGGAAGCAUACACAACCGAUAAUUGGAUAGUGAGAAUAUACAAAGUUAAGCCGUUAGAUAAUCUUGGCAGGACUUUAGAACAGGCUGCUGCAUUCGAGGAAGGAAAGAAAAGAAGAGCAAAGAGCAAAAGACGAGGGAAUAAUUAA